GAGAUUUAGGUUCAGAGGGUCGUAUUAAAACUUCUAUCGUGAUGAGCGUAAAUAAAGUCGGUUUUGUUGGCGCAGGAAAGCUCGCUCGUGUAUUAACUAUGGGGUUUAUACGAGCAGGGAUUGUGACAGCCAAAGAUGUUAUAGCUAGCGCACCCACAGAACGUGAUAUCGAAGCCUUUCGAGACAUUGGUUGCCCUGUUACCACAGACAAUAAAGCCGUUGUUAAAGAUAACUCUGUCAUUAUUCUCGCUGUUAAACCGCAAACUCUACACUCCGUUGUACGAGAAAUAGCUCCAUUGGUAACACGAGAUCAUUUAAUUAUUUCUCCAGCGGCUGGGGUAACUUUACGUUCAAUACAAAAUGAACUACCAGGUCGAUCCCGAGUUGCGAGAAUGAUGACAAACCUUGCUGUUGAAUAUCGUGAAGGAGCCACAGCAUUUUGUCAGGGUCGGUUUAUGGAAGAAGAAGAUUAUGAAACGAUGAUGUACUUAUUUUCAUCAGUAGGAUAUUGUUUUGAAACUCCGGAAGGGUUGAUGGACGUUAUGACAGGAUUGGUUGGAGGUGGACCUGCAUAUAUGUAUUUGGCUAUUGAAGCACUUGCUGAUGGUGCUGUAGAGGCUGGCGUGAAUCGACAAGAUGCUAUUCAGCUUGCUGCAAGAGCAGUCUCUGGUGCUGCUAAGAUGGUUUUAGAAACAAAACAACAUCCUGGCGAACUAAAAGACAAUGUCUGUUCAGCAGGUGGAUCAACAAUUGCAGGUAUAUUUGCAUUAGAAAGGGCCAGAUUCCGAGGUGCACUUAUGGAAGCAGUGAAGGCAUCAUCUGAACGAGCUAAACAAGUUGGGCUUGAAGCAAUUCAAAUCAAAUCAUAUAGUGGAAAAUAAGCAAAAUAGCAGUUGAAUAUACACAGUAUAGGUGCAAUCCAACUCCUGUUUUCUUCAAGCUAUUGUUGCUACUUAUUGAAGCAGAAAAGGAUUUGCAUGGACAUUGUUGCUCUUUAGCCAGCAACAAAUAAAACAGAUAUAUAACUAUUACAAGUACACUCUCGGGAACUCUGGGUUGGCCAGGAGGGGUAAUUAGCAUUCGUAACAAAAAAAUUGUCUCCGAAGAAAUAGAUUUUACAAUUGCAUGAUUUUUUCAUGCACCUGGUGAAAAAAAA